CCUCCCAUGUAGGCAAAGUUUGUGCAGUCUCUUUCUUACAGUUGACUGCAUAUAAACAAUGAUUGUGGCAUGAGAGGCCUGUAUAUCUCUUGAUGUGGCCCUGGGGUUUUUAGAGACUUCUAUGAGCAAGUUUCAGUGAGCUCUUGGUUUGAAUUUGGUGGGACAACCAAUCCUUUGUAGAUUGCCAUUGGUCUGAAAUUUUCUCCAUUUGUAGAUGAUCUGUUGGACAGCAGAAUUACUUACUUCGAAAAGCCUUGGAAAUUGCUUUGUAACCCCUCCCAGACUCAUUGACGUCAAUCAUCUUUCUUUCAGAGGGCCGCAGAUAUGUCCUUUCUUUUAAAUCUUGAAAUGAUGUGCUACCACAUGUUCAUAUGGUUAAGACCAAACCAGACCAAGUUUCUAAUCUUCAUCAGAGGCCGGACCCACCCAAGUUACUCUCUAACGAUUUCCUAAACUAUUUGCAUCUGUUUUUUUAAAAGUAGUGGUGUACUAACUAAAAAACUAAGGACAAAGAGCUGAGGGGUUUUCCUGGUACAAAAAGGAUGACACAUUCACAUACAUUCACACGGAAACAUCUACACGCUAUAACCCUGGCUAAUACACUUGCCAUAGCAGCCCAUUGGCAAGCAUGUGGCUGUUAUAGCACUAUACAGUGCAACCAUCACGCGCGCGGCGCAGUGAUCAGCAGGAGGGUGGAGCCAUCCAGUUAAGCGAAGCUGAAGGAGGGCUCCAGGAAUCCUGACCAACCGCAGAUACGUAUUAAUAUGAGCGAUGGUGGACCUGGGGGUGCGUUCGGCACGACGCAUCGUUUUGGAACGCCCAGAUAGAAACGUGCCCUUCAUACGGAACUUCUGUCUGCAUGGUUCGAGAUUGUUAUGCAAUUGAACGUUGCCCGUGUGACUCCCGUGUUUUUUUUCCGAGGGAGAGCGCUAGAGAGAGAUGGGCGUGACAAUGGCGUGUCUGGACCGCGAUUAGUCUCCGGGAGGAAAGAGCAUCUCGCAGUCUCCAAUGUACCCGAUGACAACGGAGAGGCAAUGCCGACUGUCUGGUCCAAUGGUUGUUCCAUCCAACUUACCUUCGAAGGUGGUGUUUUAACAACGGCACGACGCCCGACACUGAGGCCGCACGGGGAUUGACACAAUCUAAAAGGAAUUACAAAUUUAACGGACCUCUUUCGGCAAACAUCAGCGGUAGUGAGCCCACGUUGUGGCCGGUGGGCAUGGUUUUGGAGGGCAGCUCGGAGGCCCUGUGUCCCCCGCCCUCCCUGGAGCUGCGCCCGUCGUGCAACAAGAGCCAGCCCUCACCCCCCCUGGGCUCAUGCUCCACGCCCCACAACGGACUCUUUCCCGGGGACAAGGAGCCUGUCAAGUACGGGGAGCUCAUCGUCCUGGGGCACAAUGGUUCAUUAGCCAAUGGGGAUAAGGGGAGGCGCAGAAGUCGUCUGGCCCUCUAUAAGAGACCCAAAGCCAACGGUGUCAAACCUGAUGUCAUCCACAAUGUCUCCACCCCUCUGGUGUCAAAGGCCCUCAGUAACAAAAGCCAGCACAGCAUCUCUUACACUCUGUCCCGGAGUCACUCUGUCAUCGUGGAGUACACGCAUGACACCAACACAGACAUGUUUCAGAUCGGCCGCUCCACCGAGAGCAUGAUCGACUUCGUGGUGACGGACACGGCGGGCGGCGGCACCAGCGGGGGCGGCGGCGGGCAGGGGGCGGCAGGCGAGGGGGGCGGAGGCGGGGGGGGGGGCCAGUCGGCCCAGAGCACAAUCUCCCGCUACGCAUGCCGCAUCAUGUGCGAGCGGAGCGCCCCGUACACAGCCCGCAUCUACGCCGCCGGCUUCGACUCAUCCAAGAACAUCUUCCUGGGGGUGAGUGGCGGCGACGGCCACAGCGAGCGGGCUGCCAAGUGGCGGACGUCGGACGGCCUGAUGGACGGCCUGACCACCAACGGCGUGCUGGUGAUGCACCCGGCGGGGGAGUUCGUGUCGGAGCCCGCGCCGGGCGUGUGGCGGGAGAUCUCAGUAUGCGGCAACGUCUUCGCUCUGCGGGAGACGCGCUCGGCCCAGCAGAGGGGGAAACUGGUGGAGAACGAGUCCAACACCUUGCAGGACGGCUCGCUGAUCGACCUCUGCGGCGCCACCCUCUUGUGGCGCACCCCGCCGGGCCUACGCCGUACCCCCACACUUAAGCAGCUGGAGUCCCUGCGCCAGGAGCUGAAUGCCGCCCGGCCCCAGUGCCCCGUGGGGUUCAACACGCUGGCCUUCCCCAGUCUGGCCCAGCGGGAGAUUGUGGACAAGAAGCAGCCCUGGGUAUAUGUCAACUGUGGCCACGUGCACGGCUACCACAACUGGGGGUACCGGAAGGACAAGGGCCACGGCGCCGGCCUCGGCGGAACGGCCCCGGCCAGCACCGGGGAGAGGGAGUGCCCCAUGUGCCGGCGCGUGGGCCCUUACGUCCCCCUGUGGCUGGGCUGCGAGGGCGGCUUGUACCUGGACGCCGGGCCGCCGACGCACGCAUUCUGCCCCUGCGGCCACGUGUGCUCGGAGAAGACGGUGGCGGGCUGGAGCCAGAUCCCGCUGCCGCACGGCACGCACGCCUUCCACGCCGCGUGCCCCUUCUGUGGCACGUGGCUCACCGGCGAACAGGGCCACAUCAAACUCAUCUUUCAGGGGCCCGUCGACUGAGCGGGUGGCCCGGUGGACUGUGA